AUGACGAGUCCUCACAAUCACAAGCUAUCUCUGUCUUCUAUUGCCGAACUUACCAUGCCGCAACCAGCGCACCACAGCAUACCCGUCGACAAGUCCGAGGAGAUACUAGUGAACCUGCUGAAAGGCUCCCGCGCUCCUUCCAUGCCUCGCCGAGUCAUUAAUGAGAACGCCAUCCUGCAGCCACUUUCCUCCGGCGACCUGGAUAAGCUCUUCGAGGCAAUGGAGGCAGGCCAUGAUCAGCACCCUACUGGUGAUGAGAAUGAGACGGCUCGGCAACUACUUUCUUUCGAAGCAACCAAUACCAAGCCCACAGUGGUGGUUUCCACCACACCAGCUAAACAAGUCCGCACUGAUACCACGCCGCCCAGCAAGAGGCGCAAACUAUCCAGUAGCAAGACCAGCACGACCAGCAAAUCGAGGAAGAGUAGACAAAACGGUCGAGACAAGGACUCGCCAACCAAGACGCCCAGGCCCAUCCCGAAUUCCUGGGAUACGGCCCGGCCUGAGGACCGGCUUCUCGUGCAGUUGAAAGACCAACGCGCCAGUUGGGCCGAGAUCACCGGUGCCUGGAACAGCGUGACGGGGCUUGACUACUCCGCGAAGAGUCUGAGUACACGGUACAGUCGCAUUAAGAUGAAGCUGGGCGCGGUGCAUGGGGAUGAAAGCACUAGAGCAAGUCAAGAGCCAGAGACUGCUUGA